GAAACAAAAAUAUCGCGAGGAACCAUUUUCAAUAAUACAAGUAGCGGUUGAAAUAGUGUAAUAAGUUCAAAGUAAGAGCCAAAGAUGCCGAAUGGCCCCUGAACCCUUUAAACGUGAUUUCUGUUCGAAGGUGCCGUGUAAUUAAAAGUCAUAGAGAACCAGAAGACCUUAAUAGAUAACAGAAGAAGGAAGAUGAUGUCAUUGGACAAACUACAGAAGACGAUAAACAACCCGGUUAUUCCAUAUACUGGGACUAUCCUUGGUGGCCUUCUUCCCCUAGAUGUAGUGGUAGUGCGGGGAUUUGUUCCAGAAGAUGCAGAUAGGUUCCAGGUAGACUUCCAGUGUGGGAAUAGCGUGAAACCUCGUGCUGACGUUGCCUUUCAUUUUAACCCCCGGUUCAAAAGGUCUGGUUGCAUUGUUUGCAACACCCUGCUGCAAGAAAGAUGGGGCUCGGAAGAGAUUACGUAUGCAAUGCCUUUUGAAAAAGGAAAGUCAUUUGAGAUUGUUUUUAUGGUGCUGCUUGAUAAAUUCCAGGUUGCCAUAAAUGGAAAACAUGUGUUGCUCUACAAGCAUAGAAUUGAUCUUGGAAAAAUAGACACGCUUGGGUUAUAUGGAAAAGUACAAGUCCAGAUGAUUGGUUUUAUUUCAAAUAAUUCUUUGCAAGGCUCUCAGCCAUCCUUACUAGGGGCAACCAAGGAAAAGGCAGGAAAUGAAAAAAGACCUGGGAGAUCACAGUUUGUAAUUCCUUACGUUGCACAACUUAAUUCUGCGGUUGAGCCUGGGCAAACCAUUGUCAUUAAAGGAGAAGUUAAUGAAAAUCCAAAUAGUUUUGCCAUAAACCUUAAACCCAGUGAGACAUCAGAUAUUGCUCUGCAUCUGAAUCCUCGAAUAAAAGCUAAAGUUUUUGUGAGGAAUUCCUACCUGCAUGAUAGUUGGGGAGAAGAAGAAAAGAGCAUCAGUCACUUCCCUUUCUGUCCAGGAAUGUAUUUUGAGCUGAUAAUAUUCUGUGAUGCUGUUCAGUACAAAGUUGCUGUGAAUGGUGUGCAUACUCUGGAGUACAAGCAUCGAUUCAAACAACUUGACAAGAUUAACAUAUUGGAAAUCUGUGGAGAUAUUCAACUGCUGGAUGUGAGGAGCUGGUAGCCAAGAUGCAUGCUUGCAGUGGGGAAAACCUUCUGUAACCAGGGAAGAAAGGAGUAAUAAUUUGGUUUUAAAGCACUGAGUAUCACAAAUCUUCUAUAUCUUUUUUUUUAAAAAAUGCUGUAGUCACUCCCUAACUGUCUGUAUACUUACCCAUAGAAAUAAGUUUUACAGCUAAAGCAUAGCUGUAUAGGACUAAUGUAAACUGUAUCCAUUCUCAAUAUUCUGCUUUGCUCAUAUUACCAGUGCUCAAUUCACAUCAGUAACCUGUAUAUUAACACUGUUUUUCAUGAAUGUAACUGAUUAUUUUAACACCAGCCCUCACCAUUUUAGAAUAUGGGGGAAAGUAUUACAAAUUACCAAAAGCAUUUAGAUGUAUAUGUUUAACAGACUGAACUAUAUUACAAGGACAUCAGUAUUCCAUUGGGGUCCUGUCUUGGAUCUCACCAUUUAGUUCUUCGGUGACUGUCUUCCUCUGAUGUAAGAUGCCUUUCCGCUGAUGUUUACUAAAAUGGUAGGAUGUAAUCUACCAUUAUCAGUCUCUCCCUGCUUGUUACCAUAGCUAUAGAAUUCUUAUUUCACAAGAACGUGGAAAAACUGUUAUGUCUAGUUCAGCUGAAACCUAUUUGGAUUUUUGGACAGUUCAUAGGCAAUUAAAGUCUUAAUACAGCUUUGGAGAGUUCAGAACUGAAUUUUGACUUCUGUGAAGUUAUGCAAGAAACUCAUGACUUUAAAAAUAAAAGUAAAAUUCUGUAA